AUGGACAUGAUCGGUUUCUCUGGCUACCUGGUGCUUUUCCUGGGCGAGCUGGUCGACAUCUACUGGGCGCCGAUCUUCUUCCUGUUCAUGCAGUGCUUGUUCGGCAGCAUGCUCAUGAGCUCCUUCCUGCGCCAGCUGGUGGGCCUCCGGAGGAUGUUGUCUCUUGUCUCUGGGGCGGCCGUGCUGCGGGCGGCUGUUGUGGAACAGUGGUGGCACUGCGGGCUGGACCCGGCGCCCUUGGCGCUCGGCAGUCGUGGCGCCCAGCCGCCGCGGGGCCUGUGCGUGCUGGCCAGGCUGGGGCCAGUCUUGGGCUUCCAGCGCACGACAGUCGCAGUGCGGGAACCUCAUACUGCUGCGCCUGCUGGGCCUCGCGCAGAGCUGGCGUGCGGCCGCCUGGGCUGCAGCGCUGCUGGGGGUCGCGGCGCUUCCGGCUCCGACGGCAUGGUCGUGGACGGCGGGGCCAAGUGCCGUACGGGACCUGGCGCGCGGAUUGCGGCACGUUUCGCCCGGCUGAGGGCGGCUCCUCUGCCCGCACUGGCGGGCCCCGCAUUGGCGUCGUCGCACAGGUCCAAGCAUCUUAUUGCGGUUUCGCUCUUGCUCAUGGCGCUGUCCGUCCUGCUGGAGCAGUGGAGUGAAGCUGCGGACCUCCCCAGCCGGCUGCGGGUGGGAAUGGGCAACCCUGGCCCCACUGGGUGCAUGGACCGGCACGGCCGGAGAGUGUUGUGGCGACGCCUCCUAGAGCACCCCACGUCGGUCCAGCGCGCCAUGAAUCAGCUGGGCAUCCCGAUCGUGGGGUUUCCUGGUGCCCGCCUGCCAGAAUCUUUCACACUUCCAGCCUCCUCGGGAUUGGGCAUCUACGCGGUCGGUGGUAUUUCGUACGCCAGUGUGGCGGUCGUGUGGUCCUUGGAGUUCCAGGCGCACUUCGAUUUCGUGAUGGGGGUUGGGUCUGCACGUCGCGUGUGGGUGCAGCUACGUUUGGCUGAGGGGCUGCUUUUCUUGCUGUACUUCUAUCUUCCGCCUGACCCACGUUCAGGUGAUGAUGGGGCGUGGGGUUCCGAGGUGGACAGCAUUCGGCGGGAGAUAAACAGCCUGCGCGCGCAGCGCUCCGAUGCGGUGUUCGUGGCGAUGGGGUACGCCAAUGUGCAGCCGGUGUCUCUUGGCGGCGGUCGCGACAUCUCCUCAGGUCGGGAUGUGCGGUGGGUGGAGCUCUUGGUGGAGACGGGCCUCGCGGCCAGAGUGGUUACGUGCGUGACUGUGGAGAUGCUCAUCUUGUUCUUCAUGAGCCUGCUGUUAUGCCUGCUGCACGAUGCUGGGGGGGUCCAGGCAGGCUCGCUGACGCUUCUUGGCUCGGUCCUCGAGUGGGAUCAAGUGGUCGUCACCCUGAGCGGCCUGAGCACGGUGGUUGUACACGAAGGAAUGCCCGAGGGCGGCGUCCUCGGGCCCCUCGGCUUCAAUUUUCUCCCAGACGGUCUAAUGCGUCUGCUGCACUCUGCGGGUUGUGGCGCGGCCACGAGCACCUGGGUCCCCGUCCCUUGGCAGCAGCACGUGUGGCUAGGUUGUGGCACUCCGCGCACUCACUUGGUGGACAUGAUCGUGCCUCUCCUGGAGUGUCCCAGCUCGCUGCCUUCCGCUGACAUGCUGGCGGCUUCCCCAGACCUGGAGGCCUCUGCCUUGCGCGCCCUGGACCUCCACGACCGCGGUCGUCUGCCGGCGCUGCUCCACUGCGACGAUCCUGUAAUCGUGGCCUCUAGCAGAGGGGCGGCGGAGGAGGUAUUGCGCUUUGUGGCCUGGUGGGCGAAGGCCUUCCUGGGGGGCGCAUCGUGGAGGAACUCUGGUGUGGCAGCGCUGGAGAUGGGGCUGUCCCUCGGUGGCGGCGCACAAGCCGUCCUGGAUCUGUGUCGCAGGCGGGUUCGGCUCCACCUCCUGCCGGAAAACAAUUUCUAUCGGUGCGCAUUCUUGCGCGGCGCGGCGGGCGGUGCUCAGUGUUGGGCAGUGCGGAGCAGCGAUUUACUCCGGGUGUACGGGGUGCCCGACUGGCCGCAGUGGGCAGUUCCAGGUGCCCAGCUGGACGGUCACCUGCGUGGCAUCGACGGCAGAGGCGGCUGCGUCAGGCUGCGCGACAUCUGUUACGGCUGGAUCGUGCGCGUCAUUUACUUUCUCAACACCACGCCUCCCGUUUCAUGGGAGGAGGCAAAGGCGGACGUGGGACUCAGCGGGAGCUGCACCUUCAUGGGAAUGGACGGCUACAAGCUGAAGAGUGGUGAUUGGAAUGUCAAGCCAGAAGUUAUUGAACAGUCAUACAUCACUACGAAGCUGGAUGCGAGGGUGGUUGCCACGGACGAAGGUACUUGUCGGGAUCCAGGGUCUGGCAACUAUUCCAAGAUUGAUUUCUGGCUGGCCAGUGAUUCGUUGGCGGCGGCGAUGGGUACUCCGUCUCGCUUGGGCCUCGUCCUCGCGCUCAUAAAGUUCGCCGUCUACUCGGGCCUCAACUUCUACCUGUGCAUCCUAUCGUUUCGCCAGACAUGGGAGAUGAUGACGAGGAUGGGGAGUUGGUCUAUACUGAUCGUGGGCUUCCAGAGGUCACAAAGCAGCAUGAGUUUGAGCGAGGCAGAGGCGCCCGACGCGAUGCCCGAGGGCGCCCGCUGGGCCCGCGAGGGCGGCAGCGGCGUGGUGUGGUGCGAGUCCGCCGAGGGGCUGCUGCAGGCGGUGGCCGACGGCAACGCGAGCGUGGAGGUGGGCGGCGCAGAGGCCGGCCUUCUGGUGGAUGCGGUGGUGCGCGUGGCAGGCUCCCUGGAGCACCUCAGCCUCACGGGCUGUGGCCUCGACGGCGAGGCGCUGGGGCGGCUGGCGACGGCGCUGGCGCCCACGCAGAUCCAGGGCGUGGGCGUCUCCAACAACCCCGGCGUGGGGCCCGAGGCGUGGACCGCCUUCUGGAGCGCGCUGCCCGCGAGCGUGUCCCGGUGGGACGCGGGCGACAACGGGCUCGAGGACGCGUGCCUGGAGGGGCUGGCGGCGGCGGCCGGCCGGGGUGCGCUGCGGGAGCUGCUGGUGGACGGCAACAGCUUCUGCGACGUGGCGCCGCUGCUGGCGCUCGUGCGGAACUCCCAGGCAUAUCCCUGGGCCUUUGGGAUCGUGUCCACCAUGGGCCUUGCGGGCAGGGCCCAGGGUAGCAUGCCCCUUCUCCAGGGUUCUCUACUCGUAUCGCGUCAGCAUCCGUGUGUUGGUUCCGCGUAUGUCGUUCUCUGCUCUUCUGUCGUCGAGCUCGACCUCGGCGACAAUGGCCUCGCCGACGCGCAAGUGCGGCAGCUGGCCGGGGCGCUGCCGGGCUCCGCGGUGGAGACCCUGGUGCUGGGCAGGAACUCGGGCAUAGCGGACGCGGGCGCCGUCGAGCUUGUCCGCGUGCUCCCCAGGACGAAGGUCACCAUCCUGCACCUGGACAGCACCCAGAUCGGCGACGCCACCCUGGCCGCGCUGGCCGAGGUGCUCGCGGACACCCAGCUCGAGGAGCUCCACAUCGAUGAGACGAAGGUUACGGACCAGGGGGUGGUCGACCUGUGCAAGGUGCUGCCCCAGAGCAGGCUGAAGUUCCUCGACGCCGGAGACAACAACCUGUCGUUCGAGACCGCCCAGGCCGUGCAGGCCGCCGUGGGCGCCGACGUGGCCGUGACGUGACCAG